AUGGAUAAUCAGCAAUCAAAGUCCGACUCCGCCAGGGAAUCUUCGCUCUUACUAAAGCUUCUCCACUGGCACAAGCUCUUCGAAUCCGAUACUCCUCCGCGGCUUGGCAUCGAUGUCGACCGACGCAUACCCUACGCUCUGAUGUCCGCUUUCACGACCGGAAUGACACUGGGAUACUAUCAUGGAAGCAAGAAAGCUGGCCUUGUGUUCCGAGCUGAGAACGCUCAUCGGUUCCCAACGACCUCGUCCGGAUGGUUCCAGUACCACAAGACCAAGAACUACAUCUCCGUGGUUGGCGGCGUGAAGGAUGGGUUUAAGAUGGGUUCGAAGCUGGGAGCAGGAGCAUUGGCAUUCUGUCUGUUUGAAGAGACGGUUGACUAUGCUCGUCAUGAUGAGCGGGACUUUUUGUCCACCGUCACAGCUGGAUUGUCUUGCUCGGGUAUCUACAGUCUACUGGCACGUCACGAUGUCUAUACUGCUGCGCGAACCGCCAGGCUCGGGUUGAAGAUGAGCUUAGUCUACGGGCUAUUGCAAGACACCCUGGAAACCAUGAAGGGCAAUCGCCCUGCCUAUAUCGAUUUCAUCACGGGGAACCGUCGGUCCAAAAAUAUCGAGGGGUCGGUUUGA